UAAUAAUUUGGUAACAAUAGGCUAUCCUUUCUUAACCUUUAUUCUAAUAAAAUAAUAACUGUUGAUCUAUUAUUGCCGCAUUCAAUCGGAAGAAAAUCGGAAACUGAUAACAAAACUACUACGAUGGCGGAAGUUAAGCCUGAAUUGAGUAUGGUUUUAAAAGAAGCUACCAUUGAGUAUACAGUUCAAAAUUUUUCUACACUGAAAGACUCAAUUACAUUACCACCAUGUACAAUACAACACUUGCCAUGGAAUGUAUUGGUGAAACCUUUUUAUGAAACUGAUCUUGGGAAACUACCUUUUGGAUUUUUUAUCACAUGUGAUGGAAAUGAUUCAACUAACUGGACUUGUCGGGCUGAUGUUGAAUUUAAUAUUUAUCCUUUUAAUAAAAAAUGUCGAGUACCAUAUUCGAGACGAAGGAAACAUACUUUUUCUGCUAAAGCAAAUACAACGGGAUUCGAAAUACUUUGGGAAAAAAUAACCACCUCAGAAAAACGCUUGAUUGACAAUGAUUCUAUCAUUCUGGAGGUCUGUAUUAAUUGUCACCCAAAGGAUAAUGAAGAAGCAAAUGCCGACUAUUCAGUUGUAGAAACAGUUUUUCGACACACCAUUAAAAAUAUCUCCAAGAUCCAGAAAACAUUUAUAUUGGGACCUUUUCCCGCACUCAAUCUUUCGUGGAAAAUUAUUGCAAAUUUUCCAACAAUACCUACUGAACCUCAAUCUCUUGGAUUAUACUUACAAUGUAACAAGGAUGUUUAUUCAGAUACUUGGAAUUGUGACGCCCGCAUAGAAUUACGCCUACUGAACCACCAAAAGAGUGAUGAAAAAUUAUGUCGAAUUGUUCAGCAUCAAUUUUCUGGUAGGGAUAACACAGCAGGGGUUGAUGAUUUCAUUCAAUGGAAAGAUUUAUUAAAUGUUGCCAAAGGUUUCAUUAAAGAUGAUUCUAUCAUUGUUGAGGUCUAUGUAAUUCCCGCUAAAUUUGAUCUCCAAGCCUAUUUGAAUGUUCGCGAAGGGACAUUUUGGUUCAAAUUCGAAAAUAUAUCGAAAAUAACCGGCGAUCAGUUAUCGUCCCCAUGCAUAAUAGGGAAUUUUCCUUGGAAAAUCUUGAUUAAGCAAUUCAAAAAAUCGGACGAAGAAUUAUAUCUUGGAUGUUUUUUAGAGUAUGGUCAAGUAAAUCCCUCGACCAGUUCGAGUUGUGAUGCAAUAGCAACUUUGAGCCUUCUUUCCAUUGAAAAAGAUCAAAAAUCCUACACAAAAAGUGAGUUAAUUUCAUGUAUAAAAUUGUAUUCUAAUAUAGUACAUGAGUUUUGAAUUUCUUGUUACUUGAAAAUAGAUAUACCGCCAAAGCAUUUUAC